AGUUGCGAGCUAUGAACAUCGAGUGGCAGAAGGAUUGCCGCCACAAAAUAAAAAACAUUUGAAAGCACUUCCACAGUAUGCUGCAACUGAAGGAAGCGAAGAAAGUGAGCAGCCCGCACGACUGUGUAUCAGAGGCGCAGUUCAUGCAGUUCACGAAGAAGCGGCUAAAGGAGGCAUUGGAGCAGCGUUUUGGACCUGACGUCCUCACACCUGCUGAGGAGCGGCUGAAGAAAUCGGACUUUGUCGCUGUCGUCAUGCGAAAGAUGUACCCCUACGGAUCGAGGUUGAAUCCUCGAGCAUUGGAGACCGAUCUAGAUGGCUUGAUAGAGUAUCAUGCGCAUGAGGUUGGGAUGUGGUUCCUCCGCGCUUGCCAGCUGUGCAGGGACGAGGGCGGAGACGCCGACAGUCUACACGGCGACAUCAUGUUGGUCGCCGAUCAUUGGGCUGGUGAUCAUUCAGGAUGUGUGGAUGGUAGGGAGGUUCUCUGCGAGAAGGCCGGUGGGCGUGCACGAUUGCCUUUGUGUAGCCGCACGAACACGGUCUACGAGCUCGUUCUGCGUGUUCUCGAUAAACAAUGCAGCACUAACAUCACGCCGUACUACGUCGAGUUUCGGCACACAUCGGCGGUGGAGACUUUUCAGAGCACCAUCAUUAUCUAUGCGAAGAAGUCGGUGCAUUUCGAAAAGUUUUUAUGUGCACGUUUGUCGAUCGCAGUGAUUCGUUGGAACAGUCAAUGCUGGCGCGACCCGGUCGGGUAUGUUGCUUGCAUUGCUGUGGACACUUCCAUACGUGCGAGACCAGGCUUCCAUCGACACUACGUUCACGAGGCGAUCGACUGUUGGGAGGACAGAUUGGCGGCGUCAGUGUUCGGUUCGGCUCAUGUUUCAGACUGGGCUCGAGAGCUUCUACGGCAUGAGGUUUGUCCUUAUGGAGCCGGGCCAUUGCCGCGUGAUUUGUUCGUCAACGGUGGGGGCGACCCAGUGGAAGUCGUUGAUGAUGAUGCCUCGGAUUCCGACCAUGAGGCGGUGGGAGAGAACCGUGUUUUCAUCAUCGGUCACGUGGAGGACGAUGCGGUGCCUGCAUGCGAUGAUUGGGUCCAGAUAUCGAGCUCCGAAUCUGAGGAUGACGAUAUAGAGUUGUUCAGCGUUUGACUGGUUGAAUGGCUUUAUCAUUGACCUGACAUCG